GCUGAGAGGCAUGUUGGACAGAGACGUGUCGGUGGAGCUGCCCUUCAUCCUGAUGCACCCGAAGCCUGUGGAGCCGCCGCUGUCCCGCCCACAGUCAGCUGUGCCAGAGAUGGACCCCCCCAUCGACACCAAUUUGAUAGAAUUCGACACAAACAGCGUCUCCCAGGACGACGACUUCGUCUUCGAGGACUUCGCCCGUCUGCGGCUCAAAGGCGCCGUGGACGACAAAGACGAGGACUGCUAGGAGCUCCACACACACACACACACACACACACAUUCCCUGGUGGAGGGGGGGGGGGGAUGAGGGCAUGUUUGGACGGAGGCCUCGCGGGUUUUUGGGGGUUUUCAGCCAUUUCAUCUUCCCGGCUCCAUUUGUUCCGUCUUUCUCUGUUUCUGUUUCUUUGCUGAAGGUUGUGAAGCAGCUGCAGGACAGAUGUUAAAAAAACGUGAAGGAAU